UGGAUGUAUGUAUCUCCAAUACUAUGUAAUGCAUUCAGCACUCAGCGAAUACGGUUGCAACAACUUUUAAGCAGCUGUGAGACAUUGGACGGUGGCAAACAUUAGUCUUUGAAUGGUGCUCGCCAAGUUCUGCGGAAACCAGGAAUUUUAUUGUCAAGUGUACAAAGUCACUUAGGUUUUGUGGUGUUUUUUGGUGCGUGCAGAUUUAUUGUUAAAGAAGAGACAAAAGUGUAUAUGUAUGUAUGCUUAAAUAAAUUCAUAAACAUAUGCCUCAAAUUGAAAAAUAGUCAAGUGCUAAAAAUAAAGUGCGAUUUUUAAAAGUGCUGAUGGAUGUGUUGGUUAAAAGUCAACAAAGAUAAGCAAGUUUUUAAAGGCAUGGAAUUAAACAAUUUAGUGCUUUUUAAAUGCAGCAUACAUCAUAUUUAACAAAAAGUGAUAACGCAACGCUAUUGUGUAAAUUGUUAAAGCUGUAAUGGCAAAAGUUAUCAAAGCGUUAAGCAAAAGUCUGUAAAAGCGUGAAUGAAAAUUAUACUAUAAGCUGGUAUUAGUACAGUUUUAUUAGGUCAAUCACUGAAAGUUUUGCAUCGCUUUUAAAUUCAUACAUACAUACUUAUAUCGUGCAUAUUCAAUUCAAUCACAAUUGCCUAAAUUUUUUGUGUUUUUGUGACUUAAAUAAGCCAGCAGUCACUACUCAAAACACCUUAUCCACUACAGUUACAAAAGCAAGUGACAUUACACUGAGAAUUGUUAAAACAGUGCAGCAUUUUAUAGGGGAGCAGUAACCAACAAUACAAGCGGUACAUAAGGAGAAAAAAAACCAAUUAAACGGAAAUCAUUUAGAAAGAGCUUAAAAGACGGUCUAGAGCAAUUUCCCUAAACCACAUUAUGUUUAUGAAAACUUUGAACAUAAACGGCCCAACGCCUUUUGGAAAGUAAGAAAUCAUAUUAUCGGGUGUAUUUGGGCUAGGAGAAGGUCUGGAAGGAUUGCGUUAACUUGUGACAUUACUCAAGUAUAUUCGGUACUAUGUUUCCAUGCCAUUUUAUAAAGAGAAGAGCAUAAAGUCUGCUAUAAUAAUGAAAAUCAGCAUAUGUAGUAUAUGGUAUGGUGGCUGGCGUAAAUCGUUGACCAAUUUUAUCCAUUUUAUACGUUCACUUAAUUAUACCCUGAACAGAAUCUGUCAUAUUAAAUGAACGGUCGGAGUAAAGUGCUUGCAUGGAAACCUGGUUAUAUAAAACGAAUUCGCCCAUUUUUACACUGUGUACGGAAAAGAUUUGUCGUGAGCAAUUUUGGAUGAUUUAGCUUAAGUGUUUACAUUUGCAACGUCCAGAACACCCUGAUAUAUAUGUAUGUACUAUCAAUCAAUCGCCCAUCUUAUUAAGUUAAGAUAUUAACUGAAAAGGGUUUAAGUACAGACUACGUACAUCUGCAACAUAAUUAAAGAGCUCUUUACUUAUCGCGAAUUGUAUAAAAUCCAAGUACAAAAGGAUACACAUAGAUAAAAACUCGGCCACCUAAACACAAAAUGCAGUGCAGCCUAGAACAAAUGAAUGACUGCGAACGUUCACCGAACCGGACCAAUCUUCGUGUCAACUUUAAUGAAAAGGGAGCUGAAGUAAAAGAGCGACGCGAAAAAUUUCUCACUGCCAAGUAUGGUUCACAUCAGAUGAGUCUGAUACGUAAGCGUUUGGCCGUUGAGAUGUGGUUGUAUGAUGAACUGCAGAAGCUCUUUGAUCCACCAAGUGAGGCCAUCGAUGUGGAUAUUGAUGAAAUUUUAGACAUGGAUACCGAUGACAUAAGAAGAUCACAUUUAAUACGACUUCUGUCAGUCUGCAAACGCCCUCAAGCGGAUAUAUCCAAAUUCAUCAGUGAUUUGUUGGAUAGAGCAAAAACACUGUAGAUUUACCGCGCUGGCGCAAUGGCACUUCAUUAACAAGUUAAAAAUACAAAAGCCGGAAGAAUUCAGAUUAAGUUUAAACCUAAAUCUAUAACUUUGUAAUAGUAACCUUUUUGUUUAAAAAAAUAUGUAAUGCCUUUUGUUGUUUCUUCAAAAAAUUGUUUAAAGAUGUUUAUUGAUUUAAAGCCAUAUUUUUAACUUGAAAUAUUGUAUUAUUAAAAUUAUAUAAACAUUUUAUAUACGACGCGCAUAGAAGAUAUUGAAUAUUCAUACAUAUAGACAUAUAUAGAAUUAAAUAAUUUAUUAUCAUUUGUAAAAUUAAAUGCACAUGAAUGAUAUUUAGGUCAGACAUGUAAUAUAACCAAAAAUAAUCAUAAAAAUAUAAAUUUCAGUAGUUAAGUAUAUAAGUAUAAGUGAUUCUGAAACACAAAAUAAAUAUAUUAAAGUUAAGCAGCCAAUCAUGACAACACCACAAAGAUAUACAUACACUUGUAUAAUAAAAAAGAAUUAAUAAAUUAUUGAAACAAAACAAGUA